AUUCAUCUGCUCCUGUCACUAAAAAACGAAGUAUUAGUAAAGUUUUGAAUGUUCCUACAAAUAUCCCAUUGCAGGAUAGUAAAUCUAUAGACAUUUUGAAGAAUCUAAAGACCGCAGUACAUAAUUUCGACCAAGGUAUAAUAACACUAGGAUCCUCCUGCUCAUACAAAAGUUCCAAUCAUUUGUAUGUAAAUUCUGAGCAUUAUAUCAAAGUUCCAAGGAAAAGUACAUACGAUGCUGAAAUAUACUGGCAUCCUGAACAAGUUUGUGAUGAUGGGAACUACCAUCAUCUUUAUUGCGACCCAACUAUAAAGAAGCUGAUACUCCCCAUCUGGAAGCUCUUCUCGAAGGCAUCAAUUCCUAAACUAAACGUCCAUUUCAAACAAGUGUUUAAGUAUGAAAAGCAACUUCAUCCUCGAGAGAUCUGGAUCUUACACUUCUCCUGUGAAGAUUUUGUUGUAUCUGACCCAUAUUGGCCAUGUGAAAAACUUCAGCUUGAGGUCAAGAAUGAUGAGCUCAAGGCCAGAGUUGCGGAAUUGGAAGAUAAGCAAACACAACGAAUUAAAAAAAUUUGCUAUCCAUAUCAUGUGAUAAAAAACUUGACCAUUGAUCACGCGAUCAGAGUCUUUACCAGAUAUGAUGCAACCCGUGAUAUAGGCGCAUAA